AUGGCCUACGAAAGGAGGAAGCGAGGGAAGCAAGCUGAGAGACGGGAACGGGAAACAUCGUCGCCCUUGACGAUUCUCCAUGCGGACGAUGAUUCGGUAGAAGUGAACGUGGCUCCUGAUCCGAGGACCGGCGAUUUAUUCUUUGCUGCUGUCAAGGCCAAGGAGAGGGAAUUGCUAUACCAAAAGCUAGUUUUGGAAGGGUGCCAAAGGGAAUUGAACGAGUUGAAGGAACGGCUAGAGGUGGAGACUGACCCUGAAGGACGAGAAGUAUUGGUCGAAACCGCAAGGAAAUUUGCAAUUGCCUUUCACGGGAAAAAGGCCCAAUUCCUCUCCUCGUACAGUGACUGGAGGUCCUCCAUGCUAAAAUGUGAUCAUGAUGUCUUGCGGCAGCAGACAUCUGACAAGGGACGCAAGGGGUAA